CCUUCAUCUGAGAAAAUGAAGCUGCUUAUUGCACUGCUCAUUUUGCAGCUGUGCUUUGCAGGAUUUCACAUUGUCUCAAGAGUUGCACUUAAUAUUGGUGUCAGCAAAAUUGUAUACCCAGUUUAUAGGAAUAUCAUUGCAUUGCUUCUACUAGGACCCUUUGCUUAUUUUAUGGAAAAGAAAGAUAGACCACCUCUUACUUUCUCCUUGCUGGUUGAGUUUUUCCUCCUAGCAUUAGUGGGGAUCACAGCAAACCAAGGAUUUUAUAUCCUAGGUUUGUACUAUGCAUCUCCAACCUUUGCAUCCGCUAUGCAAAAUUCAGUUCCAGCGAUUACAUUUGUCGUGGCAUCUGCUCUGGGACUCGAGCAAGUUAAUGUUACGAGGAGGGAUGGUUUAGCUAAGAUUCUGGGGACCAUAGCAAGUGUAAGUGGUGCUACAAUCAUAACCCUUUACAAAGGUCCUCCCCUUCUCCACCACAGCCCGGAAAGCAAAUCGUUAGAAGAGGACAUGCUUUUCUCUUCAAUGAAAAAGCAGAAUUGGACAUGGGGCUGUGUCUGCCUUCUCGGACACUGCUUAUCUUGGGCUGGCUGGAUGGUGGUUCAGGCUCCAAUUGUUAAGAAGUAUCCAGCAAAGUUGUCACUGACAUUUACAUGCUUCUUCGGAUUGAUCCAAUUUCUGAUCAUAGCAGCUUUUGCAGAAAGGGAUCCCAAUCACUGGCAAAUCCAGUCAGGGGAGGAGAUUUUCACUAUCCUUUAUGCUGGAAUUGUGUUCGGGAUCGUGAUCUCUCUUCAAACUUGGUGUAUUCAAAAAGGAGGUCCAGUCUUCGUAGCCAUCUUCCAACCAGUUCAAAUAUUAGUAGCUCUUAUGGCAUAUGUGAUUCUUGGGGAUCAGUUUUACACCGGAGGGAUUGUUGGAGCAGCUCUUAUUGUCGUUGGACUGUACUUAGUAUUGUGGGGGAAAACUGAAGAGAAGAAACAAGAAAACAAAGAUGCUAACGAGACAUUGACAAAACAUCUUCUUGAUGACAGCAAUAAAUCCAAAAAUCCCGUUGCUCAAUCUGACAUUCCAUAGGAUAUCGACUGCAU